AUGCCUAUGGAUUUAAGUUUAGAAAUAAGGAUUGAAUGGUUAACAGAGUCGAACGCCUUACUAAAAUCUGAUGAUAACCAAAACGCUAAGGCAACCUUACCAAACACACAUUACGCUGAAGCUUCUGUAGAAAGUUUGGAACAGUCUUCUGAAUAUAAGGGAGAAGAGAGACAAUUAGACGAGGAGGUCGAAGAGGUCCCACGUGGACCAAAGCCGGAUUUGACUGCAAGGGACGCUUUGCCGUUAAAUGACCGGUUGGCCACGGCCACUGAAGCGUCCGAGGAAUUAGAGCAGAUUAAAAACAUACUAAUAGAAGAAAAGCAACAUGUGAUAGCCAAAUGUCAACAAUAUUACGAAGAAAUAAGGCUUUUAGCAGUAACCGAAAAUAGCCCUCUAACAAGGGCCAGAAAUAAAAAAUUAAGAUUGUGUUUGUCCAAAUGUCAAGAUUUAAAAAUUUUUAUAGAAGAUCUGGAAAGUGGUCCUGAGACUGCAGAGGACGCUUUGCCGUCUACGGCAGAAAUGGAAUUAGAGCGGUUACAUGAAGAAAUUAAAGAUAAAAAGAGAAAUUUACAAAGGACAAUUGAAGCGGACAGACAACAAUUAUAUGGCAACCAUGGCGUGAACAAAAAAAGGAUAAAUAGGAGUAUUUCAAGAAACCUCGUUAUCAGAUCAUUUUUAGUUCAUCUUAAAGAUCGUAUCCAGAAACGAAGUGUUAAUAUCAGAGAGCCACGGCCAGGACUAUUCGAGUGUUAGGCCCAUUUACAUAACAUAUUGGACAUCAACAUCAACCAUCAUCAUGAACGACACAUGACCAGACUAGGCCCGCAACAGUAGUGAUCCUGG